AUAUUGUAAAGGGCACACAAGGUCUAAAUCUGUCACCUUCAGAUAUCUCAAUCUUGAUUUUGAUCACAAAGGUGGAUAUUUAAGAUAAUUGCUCUUAUAUAUACUAGUAUCUACCUCUAAUAAUAUCGUUCUGUAUGACGGUAUCCCGACGGUAUAUCUGAAAGUUACAUAUCUUUAGGAAUAUAGAGUCUUUACUAGGAACAGUCAUUUUUCAAAAUGGCAGCGCCCAUGGUGAUCAUGACGAGACCUGCGAGAUCUUUGACCUUGUUUGCAUAUGUUUGUCAUACAAGAUUCAUCAGCUUAAUUCCAAGCCAGAGGAAAAUAUGUGUUUCAGCAAGUAGAUCAACUUCAGAUAAAUCUGAGAGGAAAACUGUGUCGGGAAAUGCGACUACAAACAUGAAUGAUACAUCCCAAAAUUUGUCUGUUGCCUUCAAGGAUACAAUGCAGAUGAGAUCUACACAGGCUUCUAGGAGUCUGUUGGUAAGGUUAGCAAAUGGUACAACUGUUGAAAGCCUUCUACAGUACUGUAAUAGCCAAGGAAAGGUAGAUCAUUACUUCACUUAUUUCCAAAAGGCUCACUAUGUAGUUGUAGAAUUCAGCAAAUUGGAGACUAUAAAGCAAAUCACUUCAAAGGCUCAUUCUACAGAGGGCAAGGCAGGCAAGCAGAUAGAUGGAGCUCAGGUGGAAUCCCGCUUUCUCAGUUUCUCAAGACCUCUGAAAAACAAAGAUACCAAUGUUUUGAAGCACAAAUCUGAUGUUGUCAUCCUGAACAAAGAUUUGAGUAACCUGCAGCUUCUACGAUCAUUGUCCAGUGCUCCUAAUGUGGAUGCCCAGCUCGAGUUGAUUUUGCAAGAGCAGAAACUGAGGGAAUCUGAGAUCAGACUACGAUUUCUAGCCUGCUCCUUAAUGGAGGAAGCAUUCCAAUGCAUUCUUCCUGAUGCCACCCUUCAUCCCUUUGGUUCAUCCAUCAAUGGCUUUGGCAGACGGAGUUGUGACGUUGAUAUGUACCUUGAUAGAGGUACAGCUCAUGGGGUCAUUCCACUCAAACAGGGAAGGAAUAAAUACAAGCUUGGCUAUGACAGGCAGUCGGCAAAUAGUGAACGGGUGGCCACCCAGUCAACACUCUUUACCCUGGCAGAGUUUCUAGAAAGACAUGUUCCUCAAUGCAGUUCUGUCAACAGAAUACUCAAUGCUAGGUGUCCAUUGGUCAAAUUCAGACAUCAGGCAACAGGGCUGUCUUGUGACCUUACUGGCGAUAACAGGAUUGCUAUGAAAAGCUCGGAAAUGCUAUACAUAUUCGGCCACUUGGAUCCUAGAGUGCGCCCUCUUGUGUUCAUGGUGAGACAUUGGGCACGGCUGAACGGCAUCACCAACAAUAAUCCCGGAUACUGGAUCACCAACUUCCCCCUGACUCUUCUUGUAGUAUUCUUCUUGCAGACCAGACCUCAGCCUGUGCUUCCACCUCUAAAUGAGAUUGCUAUGUUUGAACCAUUUUCUGAAGGUACGGAGGAUGAAGAGAAGGAUGUAGACCUUGUGUUUACUGAUGAAGCUUGUAUUACGGUAUCUAGAAACAAGGAAACACCAACUGAGCUGUUGCAGGAGUUCUUCCACUUUUGUGCCACCUUUGAAUUCAAGAAAUAUGCCCUGUCUGUUCACCGUGGCUGUACAUAUCCUAUACCAAACGAUGGCAAGAUCUUCCCUAUGUACAUUGAGAACCCACUAGAGCCUGAACUGAACUCUAGCAAGAAUGUCAGUGGUGAUCUGGUAGACAGAUUACGUAGGCUAUCACAGGAAGCCGUAAGGACUAUGGAAAGGCUUGAUUUUUAUGAAGCAGAUGCCAGCCACGAUGCUGUGCACUCAUGGGGUUUGGGGGCGCUGUUGAUGGGGUCCGUCCAGGGGAAAGGAAAGCAACGUUCAGUAGCAAUGGAGAGGAAGCUCGGAGCCAUGUUCCGGUCGCUGAAUAGGAGAAAGUUUUCAACAUCUUGUAAAAGGACUUCUGGAUAUUUAUACAACUAUAGGAACAUUGUCCACAAUGUUAGUCCUUCAGUCCCCUUUCACUUAUCUACUUCAUGUACAGAUUAUGAUGUUGAUUCUGUAUCAUGAUAGAGUAUUUCACAGCAUAUUUCAUCAUUGGACAAGAGCAGUCUGUGCCUUCUCCAUGUUUGUCUGUUCAGAAAGAUACAACUUGAAAUCAUGUUCUGCUGUAUAUGCAAUCGACAACUGGUAUUCUUCAAAUCAAUAAGCAAUAUGUUCACUCAAAUAAUUACAUAUUUACAUAUCCAAGCCUAGCCUGGCACAAGAAGAAGUUCCCGAUCAUAAUGUAUAUGAAUUGCUUGGUGCUGGGGUUGCUGCCUUUUUAAAAUCGAAUUUCUAAUAUUUGACAAAAUAUCACAAAACAACUCCAGUUGCAUAUUUUUGUAACAUCUUGGCAAAUCAAUAUAAAUAGUACCUGUUCAUUUUUGCCGUUCCUGAAAAAAAAAAGAAAUUCUAUGGAUCAAAUCACCAACGAUCACUAAUAUAAUCUAUUGAAUAUUUUGAAGUUGACUACAGAAAAAUGUGUGUGUGACCUUGAAAUUGCUAAAUUUAUCAAGGCUGGAGAACACUAAACUUCUUAAUAAGCCAGUUCACGGUUAGCUCAUGAUCAACUUUUCUCCAAUGACCUUUGUGAUUUUUCAUUAGGAUAAGCACUAUCAAUUUCAAAUGUAGAUGUUACGUAAGCUUUACCGGUAGAGUAUUCAAAUUCUAAGAACAAAAGGCAUUGUAUAGACCAGGUGACUAGAAUAGUACAUCAGGGAUAAAGUUUGGAAAUCUGUUUUAUUGUCUGCCUUUGGCACAUUUGACUAUUGUUUAGGCUACUGUCAAAUACCAGUGAUUAUGAAGGCUCUAUUUAUUACUCUUCAGCUUGGAUGUGAUAAAUAUUUUGAAAGGAAUACAUGAAUAAUCAUCAAAUGCCUAUGUCAGUGAAUUUGAAAGCCACCUUCAUGGUUGUCUCCAAUGACCUUUUUCUGCUCGUGCGCAGUUUACAACCGUGAACAGGCUUAUUGGUUUAGUCGUACAAAGCAUUUUAACACAGAACAGGAUGUGUUAGAAAAUAGUGCCCAAUGUAUUAGAACAGUUAUUCCUUUCAUUUUAAUCUCUUUCUCAGUUUAUACAAUACUCACUUGGAAUCAAAGUGAUUAGGUAGACUUAUACCCUUAAGAAACUUAUGUAACAUUUACCUCAUUUUAAACUUGAAAUCUCUCAUUUUAACUUUCAGUAAAAUAAGGAGUUUUGGUGGUAAUGUUAAUGUUGCACUGAUAUUUGCUAAAAGCUGGAUUAUCAACAUUAUACAGGGUACAGGACAGUCAUUAAUAAAUGAUUACAGAUUUUCACUCCAAGAUCCAUGGCAUAUUGGUGUAAAAGAUAUUCAUGUCCACGAAUCAUUUGACAUGUACAUAAGUUUGUGCACUUGCCUCCUACCCUCCAGUGUCCUGAAAGGGUCUUUUUAAGGACUGUGAACUCUCGUAUUGCCAACAUAGUAUGAGAUGCCACAUAAGUAUGGGUGUAAAUCUAUGUCAAACGAUUCAAGUGGGGGGUGAAACAAUAGAUCACUCCACCCCCGAAACGAUAGGUUCACCGCAUGGAUUUAUGCCAGUGCACGUAAGGCAGGAUUUUAUAAAAAUUUAUCAUCAACCAGAAUAAAAUCCCUGAAGCUUUCUGAUAUCACUCAAAUUCAUGAAACCAUUAUUCGAAGGUCCCCUUUUUAAAAAUAAGUAAAGGUAAAAUUCAAAUUCUCAUGAGGAAUCAAUGUAGGGAAAAGACCUCAACACUUGGGGGCCGUUUCAGAAAGCUGUUCGUAAGAUAAGAGCGACUUUAAGAACGACUGGGGAACCUUUCUUACACGCUAAACCAUCGCCAAUGAAUAUACCAUUUACCACAAGAAAGGAUCGUCAGUCGUUCUUAAAGUCGCUCUUAACUUACGAACAGCAUUUUGAAACACCCACCAGGAUGGAAUGUUACUCCAGUAUAAUUCACAUUACUGAAUCAUUACCAAAAUUUUUGAUGUGCUUUAAAAAUGAAGAAUAAAGAUAUAAGAUGUGAUGAGAAUAAUGUCUGGUUAUGAUUAAUACCAGUUAUUGGAAUUGCAAGUGCCAUAGCCAAUAAAAUAUUUAAUAUUUACACUUUACAA